GUGUGUACGGUUUCAUAUUUAUGUUUAUGCAUCCACGUGGCAUGUUGAUAUUAAAACGGAAAUGAUUUGUUAAUGAUGUAUGUUGUUUCUUAUACGCCAUGUUAUUGUCUUUCGUUCUAUAACAUUCCUAAUUCUUAGUGUUGUGUUUGGAAAUAUAUGAAGGAGAAAUCUGGAUAGUUAAAACAAGCAUGUGUUCAUAUUUGUUAUAGCUAAACUUAAGAAUGUUACCGAUACAGAAGUAUACACACAGCCUAGUUUUUAUCUCACUGUGGACAUUACGUGUGCCAGGUAAAGAGUUGUUUUGCCCGGGUAUUCCAGACUGGCGGAAUAAAUCAUGUGAAGAGCGUGUAGACUACACCCAAUAUGACCUUGUUAGGGAAGGAUUUUUCGUGGCAAGUGCGGGAAAUUUUUUAUUCGAAACUAAAGAUAAACAUAUACGUUAGUACUUCUCGUUUAGGAAAACAUGACGCACACAUAUUACUGCAAAACGAACCAGAAGUGUAUUCAAGGAAUGUUUAUGAAGUUGUGCUCGGAUCAGACCUAAACAGAAUGUCGGUUUUGCGAUCAAGUUGUCACGGACCAUGCAUCGAUGACCUGGAGACCCCAGGUAUCCUUAAUGAGACAGAAUAUAGGUCGUUUUGGAUCACAUGGAACACUUCUUUGGCGAUUGGCCAAGGAACUAAGAUUGAUAUCAGCAACAUAAUAUUGUUUACACGGAUGGAUUUUCCUAUUAAAUCGAUGCGAAUUAGUUAUGGAUGGGGCAGUGACGGCUUCUUCAGAUUUCAUGACAAAUUGGACUUUGUUACUAGCACUCUAACGACGACAUCCACAACGACAGAAACGUUUUAUAGUCGAUCAACGCAUAAAGGUAAAACAGAUGUCUUUCUUCCAGACAGAGGGACCACCAUUUCAAGAAAGGACGAGGACAAACCAUCCGUUUUAACGGUUGCUCUUGCCACAUCAACUGGGUUUUGUUUCGUUAUACUUUUGUCAACAAUACUUUGGGUUUGCUAUUUAUGGAACAAAAGAAAAUCAACUGGAAUGGAGACUCAUUCACAGCCAAAUCCAGUUGGUGGAGAACAUUACGAAGGGUUGCGCGGGAGGGAACAGGAAUCAGUAUACCAGAAUGAGGAACAGUACGCUUCUGUGUCAGUUUAACAUCAUUGAUGAAAUAUGACAACUUCGUUCUUACUACAUAAAAUUCAUGUAAUUAAAGGCAUUGUUUGAUUGACUAGCUUUAUAUGUUACAAGCGUUAUUGAAAAAAAGAGACCUUUGAGUUAAACAUUCGGUAUUAAGAAACUGUUUAUAACACACUUAAUUUGACGAUGGCGUUAGCAUAUACACAUAUGGCACAUCCAGAAAAAGCAGACCAUGCUUAGUGACACUUGCGAUAUAAAACAUGCUGCUGACCAAAUUAAACUCAUACUGUUAGCUUAAGCAUCCUUUUCAGCACUUACAUGUGAAAGUAGGCUAUACAAGGAAUGACACAUUAACAGAAGGUUUACGUGUACACAAACAACACGUAUGAAGGUCUGUCUGUGUACAUUGCUAAUAAUGAAGAACGUUCUUUGUAUACACAAUUGGUUAUUUUAUGAUGGUUUAAGUAUUGCGUUCUGUCUACGGUAAAAUUUGUCUAGAUAUCAUUAUUUGGUAAGUUUUUUCAAGAUAGUAUAACCGAUUUAAAUUACAAAUAUGGCACCGAUAAUAAUUUAUAAUAAACUUUCGUAAAAAUGUGUUUUCUGCUUAUCGUAUGCUUAUAGUAUGGAAACGUUUCCGUACCAUCUUCUUUCUCUCUCUCACUCUUUCUCUCUCUCUCUCACGUUAAUUGAUAUAAGCAAAAUAAAUGACAUAUACAUUACAUGGAGAGCUUUUGUCAAUAUAUUACAUAUUUUGUUGAUUUUUUCGUUUGUUCGUGCAUAACAAAACUACUUACGUAUUUGGUAAAAUCUUCUUGUUUGCUAAAAAUUCAUACAUGUACAUAACACAAUAUACAUUUCGUGAGUUCGAUCACAGGUCUUGUUGACUUAUUUUAAAUUUAUUUUUAUCGUUAUUAUUAUUGAGUAAACUUUCUUACAUGUAUGCAUGCGUAUUCUUAACGAUUGUCACUGAUGUAACUAUACAGGAUUUUAAUACAUGAUGUCAUCUUCUGUACCCAUUCUUUGCCUUAAAUUAAUUAAAUUUGUUUUUAUUGUCUUUGCUACUUAUUUUUAUUUAUGUCCUGAAUAUAAACAAAAGUUUAUUUAAUCUAAGUCACUUCAAUGGUAUUAUUAACAUUGCACUUGCCUAAUA